AUGGCGUCAAUCCGGAUGAGACCAAAUGCCGGUCCUUCUCGGAUCUUGCGACGGACACUAGCAACGUCAAUCCGAAUAUCAGACAGUCACAAUCAAUAUAAUUCUCAACCAUACUCCGAAUCCUCUUCUCCUGCUCAAGGUCAAGUGAAACACCCGAAAACAUUUGAUUUCCUCUACGGAAACGAUUGGAAGAAACCCAAAGUACCCAAGAAGCUACCUACUCCACCUAAGAAACGACCAAGAGUCGAUCCCGAAGCAUACAAGAAUCUUCCCCCUUUAGAAGCACCAUUGAGAGAGAGAAAAGUGGAAUUCAGUUUGGCAGAAGGUCAUAGUAAUGAUAGAAGAGCUUAUUUCGCAAGUGAUGUAGAUGGCGAAUUGGGUCAAGAUUGGUCAUCUAUUAAGAUUGUCGAGGAAGAAUUAGGUCUGGAAAAUGGUCGUAUAGUUGAAUGUCGAAGGUCUGGUAAUACCACCAUUGGACUAAUAUUAGCAUCAGUAUCGUUGUCAGGCAGAACACGAUUAUUGUUACUCCGGUCAAGUGGGGAGAUAUGGCCAAUAUCAACACAUGAUGUCCAAUUCGUUAUGCCGUCUUCAUUAGUAUCGCCUCAAUUAGCAUCGCAAUGUUGGUCGCCUGAAUUACUCGAAGCAUGGUCUCAGAGCGAAUCGAAAGCUGGACUGACCGAUGAAGACGUACAGCCAAGUAAGGAAAUGUUGGAUGCCAGAAGAAAAGUAGCUAUGACAUUAAGGAAAGUUCACAGAGAAACUGAAAAGAUGUUGGGAAGGUUAGUUGCUGGAUCGAAAAAAGGUGGUGUAGAAUCAAUAUGGGAAAAAUUCGCUCCUAAAUCAAGAGAUCACAGAGCGAGUAUAACGGCUAUUGAAGCUGCGGAAUUCAUGCUCAAUCCUGAAUUGAACUCUCAAGGUGAAGGGAGUCAAGUAAAGAAGAUAACGAUCAAACCCAAUACAUUACCAGCUUACGCAGCUCAUUCGUUGUUGAUGAGACGUCCGGAUCUAUUUACAGCAGAUCAAGGUGAUAUGUGGUCCACUGGAAAGUUCGUCGUCAGAUCAAGAGCUGAAAGAGAUCUGAUCGAUAACGUUCAAAGAAGUGUAGAUGAAUCUAUGAUUCCCAAUAAACCAGAUGACAGUCGAGAUCCAGCUUUAUCAUCUUUCAUCGACAAAGCGAAAAGAGCUAUCGAACUUUCAAGAUCUGUCAAAGAUGGAACCGCUGACCAAGAACUGAAAGAGAAGAAACACCAUUUACCGGGAUGGACAGCUAAAGAUAAAGAGUACAUAUCGAUCUUGUCUUCACCUUUAGUCGAAACUCGUUCCACACAGACACCACCCUCACUUGCUUUGGCGUUAUCGAUCGCUCGACUGAUAUCACCUAAUUCUGAGGAAGUAGUCGAUAGAGGCACAUUAGCCGCAAUAUUACAAGACAUGGGGAUGAUCUUACCUUGGGAUAGUUUAGAAUUAUCAAAAUUGACUGAAAGUGAGAACCGAUCGAUGAUAUUGUCAUCCAUACCCAUUGGUAAAGUUAGAGGCGAAGAUGAACUCUUGAGUGGGAAUGAGCUGGAUGAAUUACGAAAUGACUUCACUUCCCACAAGGUUUUCGUCAUCGACGAUCCUACCGCAUCAGAACUAGACGAUGGAAUCGCUUUGGAAAGAUUACCUAACUCAGAUGACGUCUGGGUACAUAUACAUAUUGCUGAUCCGACCAGAUUCAUCCCACCGAAUCAUCCUCUAGCCAAACAAGCUUCAGUGCGAGGAAGCUCAGCUUAUCUACCUGAAGGUAAUAAACCACUGUUUCCUUUAGAAGUGAUAAUGAAGGAACUAUCUCUUGGUGCUCAAGUGGAAGGAAAUAAUGGUGCUCAAGGAACUCUGACGUUCUCAGCUAAAUUGAACAAGUCUGGACAAGUGGAUGAAUCGAAAGUCAGAAUGGGAUGGAUCAAAAAACCUAGAGUAGUCACAUAUGCUGCUGUAGAUCAAGCUUUGGGUUUACCCACAUCAAAAUCAACACGACCUUUUGGUGGUCCAGUCUCACGUCCCAAAGAUGAUCUGAAAUCCACAAUCGAUAGUGAUGAUCUAGAAGAUUUGAAAACACUAUAUGGACUUGCCAAAACCCACCGAGCAAAUAGAUUCUCAGAAGCAGGUUUGGAAUGGCAAAUACCGUCUGCAAACGUAAAUCUACUCAAUUCGCCCUCUCAUCCUUCGCCAAACCUUUUUGAUCCAUCUUCACUCCCUUCUUCGCCUAAAUUGUUUUCCGGUUCUCUUGGAUUAGACUACAAAGUUUCAUCGUCGUCUCCGAUCAAAGGGAUGAACGCUUCUGGACUAGUAGCCGAAUAUAUGAUUUUAGCUGGUAGACUGGCAGCUUCAUUCUGUCAUUCCAGGGACAUCCCUGUUAUAUAUAGAGGAUCUUUAGCUCCCAAGCCGUUAACAUCGGAAGCCGGGACAUUAGAUGCUCUGCUGGCAACAAGAAUUGAUGGCACUGGAAUAAUCGAUCCUUAUACCAUGAUGGGAUCAGGCUGGUAUAGACCUUCUGGAUUUAUCGGUUUAUCUCCUUUACAACAUUGGAUUAUGGGAUUUAACAAGGUUGACUCGGGAUAUAUCAGAGCGACAUCGCCAUUAAGAAGGUUCGACGAUAUACUCGUACAUUGGCAGAUAAAAGCUCAUCUAGCUAGAUCAGCUGGUAUUGCAGGUGAAUCAUCGAAAGGAUUUAACAGAAAUGAAGUGACAGAUUUAAUUAAAAGAUCGGAUGAAGGUAGUAAAAGAGCUAAGAGAACAGGGAUAAACGCAAAUAAAUACUGGCAAUCGAUUGUUCUUCAACGUCAUCUUAACCCAAACAAUUCGUUUAUAUCUGGAGGAUUAGAAUGGGAGAUUGAUGAAAAUCAAAAAGUAGAUCUGAGAGAAGAGUUGAUUGCCAAAGUCAUAGGAUCGACAGAAUCUGUACCUUCUAUAAGCGGUGAACAGACUCCUGUGAUCAUCGAAUCGCUAGGUGUUCAAGCUAAAAUGUCUCAUCAAGUCUUGAGUAGUGAUUGGAACAUAGGACAAGAAGUUAAAGUGAAAAUGGACGAAGUCGUAGCUUGGCCCAAUCCUCAUAUCAAUGUCAGACUGAUUAAAUAG